AUGGAGUUCGACCUGUCGGCAGCCGUGGAGUCCACCUCCAAGAAGCCCCAAGGGGCAGGCAAGGUGGGAGACCCCAAGCACAGCCCCACCAAAGUUCAGAGCGGGUCAGCUGAUAACCUUAAGCAUCACCACGGCCAUGGUCACGGCCAAGGGAGCGCCUCAGAUUCCAGCAGCAGCUCCAGUGAUUCGGAAAAUGAGGUGAAGCCUGGCUCGGAGCCGCACAGGAGCGCCUCAGGCAAGGUCAAGAAGCCCAAGGUGAAAAAGGAGAAGAAGAAGGAGGAGGAAGGGAAGAAGAAGGCUUCCCACUGA